AUGAAAGCUCAAUAUAAUUCAAAACCAAUGAGCCCAUUCUCUAUCAGGAUGCCAGGGACUACGAGCUCGUACGGUACUUCUCGCCGUAGUAACCGUUCAAAAACUCUUUCAUUUCCCAAGGAAGCUAAAUAGCCGUCACUCAUCAAACAACUCCUCUGGUUCAUUGAUACUCUUCAGCAUCGAUAUCCGAGAGCAUCGGCUAAAUCCCCCUUCUGUUAAUAACGCUUACCAGAGGAGGCACAAAAGAGUGUGCGACAUGAGAAAAUAAGCUAGCUAAUGGUCCUAUAAAACGACUCAAACUGCUAUCAAAGAAGAUCAAAAAGUACUUUCUCCCCAAACCCCUAGGCAUUGCACAAAUCUCUAAAUUCCAGCUAAAAAGCAACUUUUCUUCCUCACUGAGCCACAAGGGAAUUUCUAGCCGGCCAGUGGCAAAUUUCAAAAAUUUUGGUGCUCAAAAUGGGGCUUUUAAGGAUAAAUCUAUCAUUGUGAAGUCAAACAAGGUCUCUUUCUAUAACCCGGAUGCACUGGAGAGGAAGCAUGGAAGAAAGCUUGAGAAGACGAGAAGUGUGGAUGCGAAUAUGUCCACGAGAGAGAAUAGAACGAAGGGAUGUAGAUCAUUCCAUGCCUAUGUACAAGCUGAGUUAGAGAAACGAAGAGGUGCCAAAAAGAUUAAGGUUAAGAAUCACUCUAUUACCAAGAGAAUAAUGCUAGACCUUGAACAAAAAGGUUUGAAAGACCCUCAUAGCGUUAGUGCAAAUUCACAAUAUCCAAAAAUCAAACUCCAUAAAAUUCUGAACUAGGCUC